AUGUGUGAACACCCCCACGCGACGCACCGAGGCGAUCGUCACGUCCCGCCGCCUCAAAUGUGCCGCCUCGCUGGCCUUUCACCCCGUCGCGGCCCCGGCGCUUCUCGCUGUCACCCGACGCAGGCCUGUGAGGCGACGCCUCUUGACUCCCCCCCGAGGCAACGCUGGCCGGUCGGCCUGCGUCCGACGCAGUCGCCGCCCGGCGGCGCCGGCCCCGCGCGUGACGUGGCUGGAGCCGCGGCUCGCGUGGACAGUUUCGGGCUCGAGGAGCCGCCUGGGUCGCACACGUUUGUCGUGCAAGAAGCAGAGGGUGUAGGCACAGCGGCCGUUGCGUGCUGCGAGGCCGACGCAGGGGACGCGGGUGGCGCGCUGGAAAGGACACGGGCCCGCGGCCCUCGGAGCCGGGCGAUGAGCUCGCACAAGCGACACACGAUCGAGGACCUCCCGCUGGACCUUGCAGGCAGCAUACUUGGAGGGUUCUCGGUGCAUGAGCUAUCGCAGCUGGCGCUGGUGAACCGGUACUUUCGCGCACUGAGUGAGCACGACACAGUAUGGAGCGGAGCGGGUGCUAGGCUGCUUGGCCUGAGCGCGACGCCUCUGCUCGCGACACACAGAGGGGCCAAGGGGGAAUUCAGGCGCAUCGUGCGAGAAUCCAAGGUCCAGAUCCUCGGCGAGUGGCCCAGGGAUCCCGCGAGGAAGGGCGCCGGAGCCAACCACCACGGUCGCCGGCAAAGCAUCCGCGAGCUCAACGGCAGGGGCAUCUGCCAGCUUGCGUUGAGCGACAACCACGCGGCCGCCACGUCCAUCGGCGGCAACGUCUACUUCUUCGGCAUUCCGGGCGACCACCUGGGAGGCGGCGGCGAUCGGGGCCAGCCUGAGGGGCCCGCACAGCAGGGGAGCAGCGAUGACGCUGCCUGGACGCUGCCGCGACUUGCGCCCGAGCUGCGUGCUGUCCGUGCCGCGGCGGUGGUGCUCGGGGCCCGGCACUCCCUGGUGCUCUCAGAGGACGGCAUCAUCUUCGCCGCGGGCAGCAACCGCAACGGCGAGCUGGGCAACGGCACGACGGAGCCGGACGCGACGUUCAAGCCCAUCACCACCGUGCGCGUGCUUGCUGGCGACGCGGUUUCCACCCCGGGGUCCGUCACGUGGGAGGAGAAGGCGGCGCCGCGCUUCGCGGCCGUCGCGUCUGGCCCGGACCACUGCUGCGCCAUCGCCGAGGGGGGUGUCCUGUACACGUGGGGCGCCCAUGCGUCAGGCGCCCUGGGCCACGUCAUGCUUGAACCGCCCCCGCGGAGCGCAAGUGCACAGCCGCCGCGCGAGAUCCCCGUCCCGAGCGUCCUCGCGCCCACGCGCGUCGAGGGGCUCAAGGGCGAGAGAAUCGUGUCCGUCGCUGCCGGGAUGGCGCACACGGUGGCCCUGAGCGAGAAGGGCGAGGCGUUCGUGUGGGGCUCGGGCAACGGCGCUCGUCUCGGCCUCGGGGACUGUCGCAGCAGGCUCAGCCCGUGCCGCGUGGACGCCCUGUCGGGGCCGUGCAGGGAGGUGAUCGCGGGAGCGUCCUCGACGAUGUUUCUACUCGAGCCUGACUCAGGGGCGCUGCCGGCCGUGCACGCGUGCGGCUGGGGUCGGCACGGACAGCUUGGAACGGGGGACAGGCGGAACAGGUCGCUGCCGACGCCGAUCGAUGGACUCGCGGGCGUCGAAGUGUCUCAGGUGUCUCUCGGCGUCAUUCAUGGCACAGCGCUCGGAGCGGACGGAGCGCUGUACGGCUGGGGUUUCGCCGGCUGCGGGGGCCUCGGCGUCGACAGGGAGCGGCUGUCGGCGCUUGGCGCGGACGUGACGUCGCUGCUGCAGCCCACGCUGCUGUCUGACAGCGCGCAGGCGCUCGUGCUGUCGGCGGCGUGCUGGAGGAACGCCACGGGAGUCUUGUUCUGUCCGCACGAUGCGACCGACGGCGCGGAACGCGGGGGCUUCCUCAGGCCGGACCUCCUGGCUGGCGUCGAGGAGCCAGGCCUGGCAGUGGUGCCUCCGGAGGGCGGCGGCGCUGGCGGAACCGCUUCGCGCGCGAAGAAGCGGCGCUCGUACAACCCCGACACGGGCGACCGCGCGUUCAGCGUCAAGCGGUUCCGGAAGGACUUGCAGCGGCGCAAGAAGCUGCGGCAGGAGCGCAGCCUGCGCGCGAGGGAGCUCGCGAUCGCUCGGAAGGCGGCCGCCGCCGCGGCGGCAAGCUCGUCACAUGGACCGUCCUGA